UCUGGGAAGCGCUACCAUGGCGUUUCGUAAGAAGAGCACCAAGAACCCCCCAGUCCUGAGCCACGAAUUCAUCCUGCAGAAUCAUGCGGACCUCGUCGCCUGUGUGGGGAUGUUCUUCGUGCUGGGGCUUAUGUUCGAGGGAACAGCAGAAGCGUCUAUCGUUUUUAUUACUCUUCAGCACAGUGUUACCUUUCCUGCAGCAGAAGAACGAGCCACAGAAUCAAAGUUCCUUUACUAUUAUGGCAUCAAAGAUUUGGCCACGGUUUUCUUCUACAUGCUAGUGGCAAUCAUCAUUCACGCCACAAUUCAGGAGUAUGUGUUGGAUAAAAUUAACAGGCGAAUGCAGUUCCCCAAAGCGAAACAAAGCAAAUUUAAUGAAUCUGGCCAGUUUAGUGUAUUCUACCUUGUUUCUUGUAUUUGGGGCACAUUCAUUCUAAUUUCAGAAAACUGUCUGUCAGACCCAACUCUCUUAUGGAGGGCUCAUCCCCAUAAUAUGAUGACAUUUCAGAUGAAGUUUUUCUACAUAUCACAAUUGGCUUACUGGUUUCAUGCCUUUCCCGAACUCUAUUUCCAGAGAACCAAAAAGCAAGAUAUCCCCCGUCAACUGGUCUACAUCGGUCUUCAUCUUUUUCACAUUGCUGGAGCUUACCUCUUGUACUUGAAUCAUCUGGGACUUGUUCUUCUGAUGAUGCACUACUUUGUUGAGUUACUUUCCCACAUUUGUGACCUGUUUUAUUUUAGUGAUGAAAAGUACCAGAAAGAGUUUUCUCUGUGGGCAAUUGUGUUUAUUUUGGGUCGACUUGUGACUUUAAUUGUUUCGGUAGUGACUGUGGGCUUUCACCUGGCCGGAGGGCAGAAUCGGAAUCCGGAUGCCAUUACUGGAAACGUAAACGUGUUGGCAGCUAAAAUUGCUGUUCUGUCAUCCAGUUGCACCAUCCAAGCAUACAUAACAUGGAAUUUAUUUAAUGUCCAGCUUCAAAGGUGGAUGGAAGAAGACACUACUCUUCAGGCCCCAAGUGUGAAGAAGAAACGGACUAAAGGGAGGUCUUCUAGAAAAGGAACAGAAAAUGGUGUGGCAACUUCAAAUAGAGUAGACUCUCCCCAUAAAAGGAAAGAGAAAUCUUCAUAAUGAAUUACAAGCUAGUUGAUGACUGUCCCCAAAGAAGUCUGCUCUUUACUAUAAGAUAUCUUUGUGUGCUACAGAUUUUUCUGUUCUUGAAGAUAGUUUGUGCUGUCUUUGAUUUCUAUUACUGUACUGUGUAAUGUAUUUUUUAAAAGGCAUUUGAGGGGAGGAUGAUGAUUAUGAACGGAAAAAAAUUGAUAUAGACCAAGCAUCAUCAAAUGGUUCAGGGAUCACCACGUUUUGUUUUACUUUUGAACAAUGAUUUACUAAGGAUUUGUAGAUAUAACUAAAAAAAUCCGCAUUAUCAGUGACACAAUUUCUUGCUCCUGCCAAUCUUUUAUAACAUUAGCAAGGUGGUCUGGUAUAGCAACGUCACAUUUUUUAAUGUUCUCUUUUAGGACAAAAUGGAAAUAUUAUAAAGGUGGAAUUCAACUUCAUUACGUUUUCAGUGUUCUCUAAUUCUUAGAAUUUAAAAAUUUCUUCUUUUUUUUUUUUAGAACUUACAGCUGGAGAAAAGAUUUGUAAAAGCACCAAAAUAAUGAUGUGUUUUAUAGGUAGUGGUUGUUAAUAUUACAUCCCCAUUAAAAAAAUACUAAUGGGUAAUGUGUGGAGAUUUAUUACCAUAUAUUGAAUCAAAAUAUCAUGAAUUAAUAUAAAAGUGUUACUGAAGAGGUAAAAUCAUCUUGUCCAUUUUAAACACUUGUAAACUAGAAAUCAAAAAAAAUUAAAUAUUUACUGUAAAAGGAAAUCAGACUUAGUCUUUUUUGCUAUGUUUAUUAAAAAUUAUUCUUAAUGAGGCUUGUUAUAAGUUUGGUAUCCACAGCAUCUUGGAAAAAUGUUGUUUAACCUGCAAAUCAUUUUGAAAAACAAUGCUUACUUGAUUUCUGUCUAUAAAAAGAAUGUCAGCUAAUUACACACAGAAAAUACUUAACACACUAACCUUAAGUAAUUUGAAAAUCAGAUGGAUAGUCUUAUGAAAGUCCUGUCAAAAAUACUGUUAUAAAUAUAGUGCUGCUUCCAUCUUUAAUUGGGAAACAUUCAUCUGUAUGAGUCCUAUUUUGGAUAUGUGUGUAUUCUAACGUGUAUGUGGAUAUAUAGGUAUAUAGGUAAUAUCUUUAUUGAAGCCAAUAGAAUGGGCUGUAGUGGGUGAGUAUUUUAUUUAUCUUUUUCUCAACCUUCAUUUUGAUUUCAUUUCCAUAAUGCGAGUGUUUAUACUUUUUUCAGGAGACAGUGCUUGAAAAAUAUGCUAGAAUAAGGCCAUAUAUUUCCCAUUCCUCUGUUUUCUCCCACUGUGUCUCUCAUCUCUGCUUUCGAUAGCCUUCUAUUUGGUUUGUUGUGGGUAAUUCAGCUUUUCCAGUCAUGGGGGUCCUUGAAAAUUAAAUUUAGUAUACUUGUAUUGCAGACUAAAGACAGAAGAGUCACUUGGCCAAGCUUUCUUUUCUAUUUGGUUUGAGAAGUAGACAACAAAGCAAGAUUGUUCUUUUUAGACUAUAGAAUCCAUUAUCCUACUUUUUUUCCCCCUUCAGUUGCCUAAGGCUGUCUUGUUGGUAGCACAUGCCCUGAGGCCCAAAUUACAAUAACUCCACUUUAACCAACCAUUGUGCAAAUUGUAAAAGAAAGAUUUUCAACUUCUCAUGUGAGAGAGUGGUCUUUCUCACUUUCCUCACUUUUAAAGAAUUCUGGCCUGUUACUUGUAACUCCACUCUUGGUAACAAAUUUCUUGUCCAUUAUACACUUCACCUGAAAGUAAGUGCAGGCCCCACUCAAACUGGUAAGUGAUUACAAGAAAAUCACUCUCAUGUGACAAUGCCAAGAGUUAAAUUGGGUUUAACAUUAAAUAGGAUUAAGGCCUAGAUGGAUUUCCCUGCGAUUUUCUUGGCUUUGUCCCUCUCAGAUUAACUUUCUGCUUGGUAGCAAAUGAUUAUAGCUGUUCUAGACUUCAUACCUACACAUUACAUGGUAGAGAAGAAGAGAGAAAACCAGAUUUCUAGAAUUCGGAAUACUGAGAGUUACCUUUAGUGAACUCAUUUGAUAGAGGGGUAUACUGGAUUGAUUGGUUAAGUUAGGUUAUAUGCUUCACCUGUGGAAAAAGGCAAAGCAUAUUUCUUGUAAGAUACGGGUUCAUGAAAGGUAGCAAGGUUAUUAGGAGGGGGGAAGGAUGCCGUGUACAUCUCAACUAUCCAUAAAAAUUAAAUAAGAGUUGCCAGAAUAUAAAUGUAUGCCAAAUAAAUUAUGAAAGCAAUGCUACAAAUGACACUCAGCAAUACAAAUUAAGUCCCUCUUUAAUAUUACACUCCAAAAAAAAAAACAAAACCAUGCUAUAAUAGAUCUUAGUGCAAUAAGUUGGUUUCUGUUAAAAUGGACCACAUGGAAACAAAAUUCCCAUUAUGAUUACUUAGUGUUAUUAAAACAGAUGUUCAUUAGCCCUAUGAAAACUCAAAUAACUAAUCACCAA